CUCUACAAGCAUCUAAUCCUGACAUCCCCGACAUCGUUUGUAAUGGCGCACUCAGCGUUGUCGUCUCUUCAGCCCUCACCUCGCGCUCUUCUUCUUGGUAUAUCCCCCCUCGUAGAACGCACCGUAGAGCAACUAAAAGAAGCUGUCGCUAUCGUUUCCUUGGCGGAAGCUGACGACUGGACGCCUAUUCCCCUCAACCGGCAAACAAACAGGUAUCGCUUCUACCACAUAAAGGAUGCCUAUCAACCACGCUUCCUUGCGGACGCUGCUGUCUAUGAUAAUCUCCUCACUCAAGUCGCGUCCUUCACCUCUCUCAGACAGCUCGUCUUCCGCGGUAUGCUUCUCCCGCGAGAUUUACACUCCAUUUUGCGUGACCUUCCGCACUUGCGUGAUUUAGCAGUUGUGCACUGCACCGUUCACUUCGCUGGUGUCUAUACAGAUGUUGACCACACUUCUCUGAAACUUCAAUCCCUCACCCUCCUUGAUAUUCGCGCUGUAUUCCCCUCUAAUGACGACGACACUAACCCUCGGAAUCCCCGUACCCGUCUACGAAUGCUUGCAAGAGUCCCCACCAUCCGCACCCUCACAUAUGACCACACUGUCUGGUUACAUCGCAUUUUCACAUCUUCCUUCCCACCUCCCCCGCUCACUGCUCUCGACGUCAAAGCUCCGCCGGGCUUCAUCUCGUUCCUCGAGACUCUUCCUUCUCUCCGCACUCUCAUCUUGCGAAACCACAUUCCCGCCUUUUCACUCCCUCUGUGCUUUUUCUGCCCCCUAUCUGCCAUCUCUUCUAUUUGUUCCGGACGCAGAAUCAUCAAGCUCGAUAUUCGCGACGAGGUCGUGCUCGCACCACUCUACCAAGCAUUUAUAGAAGUGCACUCUCACUUGUCGAGGGUGCAAGAGCUCUCCCUGUUCGUGGGGGACUGGGACGACGAAGUUGUGCUGGCCAUCGUCGCGCGCUUUCCCAAUUUAACCAAAUUACAAGUCAGGUAUGCAAGAGGAGCGCCAAGCGAGGAUACUAUACUCGGUAUGGGUUCGCGUACACUGUACGCUCUUCCACACCUCUUAUCCGUACACAUCUUCUGCAUCCCUCUUCUCCCGUCCCCUCAAAGUGUCUCCGAGGCGAGGAAGCGUGAUGACGACACCGUAUAUGGCGCCCCUGGCAUCGGCGAUACUUACUUCGAGAGCAUGCAUGACAUCGAUUCGGUCACCGGCACGCUGAUGGAUGUUCUGCCUUUCUCUCAAGACGUCAGCGUAGACUUCAUGGACGAACAAGGUAACUCCCCUAGAUUACAUUUCCAUCCUGAAGAACCCCGAACGUCGGAGCCAUUUGACGAUUACACUCGCGAACUUAUCAUCGCAUGGAAUCGUACUUGUCCAAGACUUCGCACUGUUCAGCUCCACCCGGGGUGGGUGUGGCGGCGCGCGGACUGUAUUGACUACUGGGCUGCGAGGCCGUGUGAAUCGGGCAUCUGGGGCGAUGUCUUUGGGUAGAUCGUUGGUGCAGAGCGUCAAGGGGGCAGAAUCGGUACCCGAGACGAAAAAAGAAUGAAACAGAUCGAGCGCGACACCACUGAGGGAUUCUCGAACAGCUACAUCAUUUCGGAAGUGGUUUGUAUUCAUGGGUGCACAAAGUAGGUUGUAUUUGUAAGUGUAUACCCACGUAUCAGAUGUAUUCUGCGGAGCUUGUACUGUACUAUAUUGUUUUCUAUGCUGCGUUCGUUCUGGCCCUUUGCCCUUGCGUUCGUCUCAAAUUUAAUCGUUCGACGGAUACUCCUCGAACUAUAGGCUGG